GGUGCGAGUAAUUUAAUCAUCUUGAAUCGUGGUUCCAAGAAGCAUAUUUUUCCGAAGAAUUCCUCUUCCUCUACUGUUCCUGUACAUAUAUGUCAUAACGGCUUUCUCGCAAGUUGUAUAUAUACAUACGUAUACAUAUAGAGGCGCAUCGGUAUUAGUGAAGAGGAUUAUCGUUUUAGUCGGUAUACUCUUUUAUUUUCUUUUGUUUAAUACUGGUUGGCCUUCAAACAUCGUAGUCGUGUUCGGCUCACAGUGUAAUUGUACGUACGUUCGAGAGUAUCUCUCCUGUCAGGCGUGAGCAUCUUCUUUUCUUACCGGAAGAUAGGACAGGAAGUAUUGCCAAGAACACAUUUGGGACAGUUUCAUCCAACAACAAAGAUGAAGUUCUUAUAUGUCGGUAUUGUGCUUCUUACGUACAACUGUAUGACGAUACCUGGCCAGGAUCUGGCAUUUCCGACUGAUGAAGAAACGUCUCACGUCAGCGGCGGCAAUUCCACGGCGAUAACGGAACGUAUUCCCGUGUCUGCCCCGGAUAGUUGUCCGAAGAACAUGCUUCUUUAUCCUGGUGACAGUGCGAAGGACGCCUGGGUGUGCGACUGUAGACCACGAUUCCUAUACUUUCCAUUGAAUGAUUCCUGCCACGAGGCCUACAGGCAGGGUCCUUGUCCGCCCUGGAAUUAUGUCGUUCUACCCGAGAACGAGGCGGUGCCACGUUGCGUGCAGAAUCCUUGCUUGGAGGACGGCGUAGUGCCGUUCAACGACACGUGUUAUCCUCUGAAAACGAUAGGAGGUCCUUGCGCGCCCGAUGGAGUAAUAGCCGUAAACGAAACCACCUUCCAGUUGGAGUGCGUGUCAACGGACACCGCGCCCUUUAUGAUAAUCGACGUUCCCAGGAGAACGUGUCCACCGGGUAGUCGUAGAAGCACGCUCGGUAUAUGCAAGAAAAUACAAAGAUUAUAUAAUUUCUGAUCAAGUCACGUCGCCACUUUGAUCGUUUAUUUAGCCAUUUAAUCAUUUUAGUUUGAUUUGUCACAUGUGAGAUACAUAUUUGCAAAUUGUUAUAUGUAUUGAAAUUUCCAGGGUUAAAAAUGUAGCACAUUAUAUUUUAGUUUGGUGGUCAGAUGA